GCAUUUCCUGAGGCUGAUCACUUGUUCAUGGUGCUUCCUUUCUCCUCUAAACUAACCCUUCCUCACUCUGCUUUUCACAGGUAAAUCUCUCCAAGACAUGACCAACGUCAAGCCCAAAGCGGAGAGAGAGAGCGAUGAAGAGGAGGCCCCUGAUGGAGGCUGGGGAUGGGUGCUGGUCGUCGCCCUGUUCCUCAGCACGAGCCUGGUGUUCGGCCUGAUGCGCAGCUUGGGGAUCUUCUUUGUAGAGUUUGUGCAGUACUUUGAGGAGAGCGCUCAGGCCAUCUCCUGGAUCUCGUCCACAGGCCUGGCAGCACAGCAGUUCUUCAGUCCGCUGGGUGCAGCACUAUGUAAUGCAUAUGAUGCCCGGGUGGUGGUGAUGACGGGGGGCUGUCUCGCUGGACUCGGCCUCAUUCUCGCCUCGCAGGCCACCUGUCUUGUUCACCUCUACCUCACCAUGGGCCUUAUUUCGGGUUUGGGCUGGGGGCUGGUCUUCACCCCCAUGGUGGCCACAGUCAUGGCCAACUUCACUCGCCGACGCACCCUGGCGCUUGGUGUGGGGUUCUCAAGCAUCGGCCUCUCGUCCUUUGCCUUCAACCCGCUCUUCCAGCUGCUGGUGGAGAAGUACGCCUGGAGAGGGGCCCUGCUGACUGGGGGCCUCAGCCUCAACAUCGUGCCCUGCGGGGCUCUCAUCCGCCCACGGCGGCGCUCUAAAGCCCCAGCAAAGGUGGUUUCAGAGAGCAGGAUAUCAUGUGCCUCAGUGCUGCGACGGGUCUCCUCCCACCUGGAGCUGUCGCUGCUCAUGGAGAGGCCGUACGUCACCUACACGCUGGCCGUCACCCUCCUUAACGUCGGCUACUUCGUGCCUUACUUCCACCUGGUGGCCCACAGCCGCCAAGCCGGCUUCUCCGAGUACCAGGCCGCUUUCGUCAUGUCAGCCGCCGGUGCUACAGACAUUUUGGGCCGCGUAGUGUCCGGCUGGUUCUCAGACCUGGGUCACUUUCGGCUCAUUCAUUUGCUGACCCUGUGGACGACGCUGGCGGGCGUCUCCAUCAUGCUGCUGCCUGUGAGCUCCCUGUCCGGCUCCUACACUGCCCUGAUGUCGAUCAGCCUCUUAUACGGCUUCUGCGCCGGAGCCUUGACCUCUCUGGUCUUCGCCGUGGUGCCUAUGAUCGUGGGCGUGGAGCGCAUGAUGGGUGGCCUCGGGCUGCUGCAGCUCAUUGAGAGCGGCGCGGGACUUCUGGGGAUUCCUCUGUCAGGGUUGCUCAAGGACACAACAGGCAGCUACCUGGCCUCCUUCAUGGUAGCGGGCGGUUUCGUCGUUCUCGGUACUUUGACCAUGACCACUCUGCCUCACUACUACUCCUGCAAAGACCCGCCGCCUCCUCAAAGACGCUCACUCGAUAACAAAGAUAAGGGUUUACAUCCGGAGCUGGAACAGAUCCACAGUUCGCCUUCUGACACCAAUAACGGAGGAGUUAAUGAAGUAUCCAGUAAUCCUUAAGAAUGUGUGAAUGAAGGGUUCAUGAACCUUGUUGAUACUCUUCAGUCCAGCCAGUGCAACAACGAUGACGCCGACCUUGAAGACCUCAUCGGUUAAUGUGCUGCUCCACACGUCGCUGAGCGGCUACGUGUUUGCAUUUUACCUCAGAGAUUCAGACCCAAAGAAGAAAUGAGUUUACUGUGAAAAAACUCUUGACAGCAUAAAGGGGCCAGUGAGUAACUCACCCUGUAACACAUCCUAACCUCAGAUUAAUGUUUCAGACAGCAGCUGCAUAAAAGGAAAUGCCGGGCAUUCAAAUUUACAUGCAGAGUAGACUGGCAUGCAAGAUAGGAAAUAUGUUUUAGUACUUUUGCAUGCUUGACUAAAUCCAAGAAGCAUAUUAACAUUUUGUACAUAAAUGAUUGAUCUUCACGAUCCUCAUUAGAACUAUAUUCUUUAAAUGAGGCAUAGAUGACACCGCAUUAGGGACCUUAAUGAAUUCACUAUUGGCCCCCUGUUCCUCCUGCUGUUUGUUCAUUUGUAUGUUCAUCUCCAAAUAAUUGUUAAAUACAUAUUACAGCUACACAUGACAUUAUUUGUAAAGAAGCCCCUCUGCAAGACAGAUCCUCAGGUAAUGAAGCAGAAGUUGCCAUGAGUCAUUUGUGCUAAUAUUGUGCUGAUUGGUGUUUACUCCCAAAUUUAAAAAUAACAAGUUAUUAUUGUUUGUAUAAGAUAAGAUAAGAUAAUCCUUCAUUAGUCCCGCAGCGGGGAAAUUUGCAAGCUUAUUACACUAUACAAUAGUUACAGUACUGUGUAAUUUGUGCCGCAUAGAUUUAUGAAUUCAAGAAACCAAAUGUCUUAAUGAUUAACAGCACCCCUCCGUGAGCAAAUCAAUAGCUCUAAAAGAGCUGAAGAAACUCUCUUACAGCCUCAGGACUUUGACUUUCAAAUCGGUGUAUUGUGACUUCUUACUAAAGUGUAUUUUUAGAUCACACAAUCACUGCUUUCAGAAGCACUUUAUACUUUUUGUAAACCGUGUUUGUAAUUCAGAUUUGAUGCCAGGUCAGAAGGACAGGGACAACUGGGUCAGUGUGACCUGCUGGCUUAAAUCUAAAUACAGAAGACAUGUGACUUAUUAGUCAAUUACCACAAAAACAUCCAGGCUGCAACCAGACACUGUUUAUGUGAAAAAUCUGAUAUAUUGUACUCGU